AUGAAUGGGCAAGUCGUUGAAGCUGUAAAGUGUAUAAUUAUAGUACGUUCUCGUCGUCGAGAGUCCAGUUUGAAUGACGAAAAUGGCGAACAGAAUUCCAAAUGCUCAUCGGCGACAAAUCCGAUGCUUAACCGUAGUUAUCCAAACGUUUUUGAGGGUAGUCAGUUUACACCGAUGCAACCGGGUGGCUCAAGUUCUGGACGACUUCGAACAGCUGUAGUUGGUCCACGUACUGUCGGCAGGGAAUAUGAUGAAGAAUUUGCUGUAUAUUCAGACGAUGUUGUCAACAGGAUGAGUAGAUCGUUGUAUGAAAAUAGUUGUGAUUUUGGUUACAAUCAAUCAACGCCGAAACGUCGUGAUCGCUCAACGGGACCUUAUCGGCAUAGCGUACAAGGAUUAGAUGGUUAG